UUGACUUCUCUUUGAUGUCUUGUGUCCAUUUGUCGACCUCUUGGUCAACUUUUUUAAAAUUUAAGAUCUGUUUUUUGGACAUUCUUGUCUCUCUGGGGACAUUUUGCAAUUCUUAAAAGACUGUCUUUGUGGUUUUUUUUAAAAUUCUUUUCAAGAAACAUUGUCGGUUCAUGGACAUUUUGCAUCCCUCUGUCAACACUCUGCCUGUCUUUGUGAAUGUGAUACCUCUUUUUGGUGACAUUUUCUAUUUGCUUGCGGCUGUUUUUCCUCCCUUUGUUGACAUUUUGUAUUUCUAUGUGGUUGUUUGGCAUCCCUGUCUGCAGGUUUUGCAUCCAUCUGUGAACACUCUGCCUGUCUGCCCAUGAAUGUUAUACCUCUUUUUGUAGACAUUUUCUGUUUCUUCAUGGUUGAUUGGCAUCUCAUUGGGUACAUUUUGCUUCCCUUGUCAACAUUUUUCAUGCUGUUUUGGCAUUUGUAUUGCUUUGUGUUUGAUUGGCAUCCCUUUCUGGACAUUUUGCAUUCCUUUGUGAACACUCUGACUCUCUUUGUGAAUGUUUUACCUCCUAUUUGUAGACAUUUUCUGUUUCUUCAUGGUUGUUUGGCAUCUCAUUGUGGACAUUUUGCUUCCCCUGUUUGGCAUUUGUAAUGCUUUGUGUUUGUUUGGCAUCCCUUUCUGGACAUUUUGCAUUCCUUUGUGAACACUCUGACUCUCUUUGUCAAACCUCUGUUUGUAGACAACUUAUGUUUCUUCAUGGUUGUUUGGCAUCCCCGUGUUGACAUUUUGCAUGCCCUUUUUGACAUUAGUAUUUCUUUCAAGUUGUUUGGCAUCCCUGUCUGCAGGUUUUGCAUCCCUAUUUGAACACCCUGCCCGUCUUUGUGAAUGUUAUACCUCUGUUUGAAGACAUUUUCUGUUUCUUCAUGGUUGUUUGGCAUCCCUGUGUUGACAUUUUGCAUGCCCUUUUUGAAAUUAGUAUUUCUAUUUGGUUAUUUGGCAUCCCUUUCUGCACACUUUGACUCCCUUUUAUGAACACUGCCUAUCUUUGUGAAUGUUAAACCUCUGUUUGUAGACGUUUUCUGUUUCUUUAUGGUUGUUUGGCAUCCCUUUGUUGGCACAGUUUGCAGGCUUUUUCUGCCAUUUUGUAUUCUUUGUGGAUGUAUUGCAUCCAUUUCUGGACAUUUUGCAUCCCUUUGCGGAUAUUUUUUGCAUCUUUGCGGUUGUACUAUAUGUCUUUCUGUAAUCAUUUGAACUUGCAGGGUAGCCCUGUUGUCUAAUGUGUUGGUACUGUGUGACUCUCUGCUCAAUGGACUGGCAACUUCUUGAGAACUUGAUUCCCAUCACUCCCAUUUGGUUUAUACUGGAACAAGUUUCCCUCAUACAACAAAGCUGUGCAGAACAAUGGUAAGUUCUGUUGCUCGUUCAUCAACUCUUGCCUCAUGAAAAGUUAACCUUGAGUCUGCGGUGAAACACAGACAUGCAUGUAAACUAAAGGAUUUAAAAACAUACUGAAUCACUAACUGUCAUGAUGUGUUCUUUCAGGUGAACUGGUUCGGGAGGUCUUCAUCUAAGAUGCGUCAUCAUCAUCAUCGUCAGAUGACGGGUGUGGUUGCUUCUCUUUUCUGAGACGUUCAGGUAUUUCACAACUGUCAAAGAGUUGAUCUGUUGUACGCCUGUGCAACUUGUCCUAAAGUGAUCUCAGUAAUAAGUUGUUUGAUUCACAUAUUCUGUCUUUUCUUUGGUCUAUCUCCUCAGUGGACUUAGUUUUAAACUUUCACACAUAAGCUUCAAUAUAUUGGAGCAGAUUUCUCUUUUUUAAAAACCCAGCACAGACACUCCUCCUGUGAGCUCAGGCUGUGUGUGAGGUGUGACUGUGCCAGUGAGGGUGUGACUUUGAACCUGUCUCUGAAUCAAUCUCAGACCUGUUUUCAGAGGACUCUCUUCCAUCCUGUGUGUGUGACAGAAACGACACAGCCGCCAACAUGCCUGAGACCGCAGAGUCGCACAUCGUCGCCCUCACCACCAACCGUGUGUGUGUCAUAGAGAUCAAGAACGCCAGCACUCGCUAUUGUCUCUACGAACCAAAGGUGCACAUGGAGAGCGGCUUUUCCUUCAGCCCUCCGACGCCCACCCUGCGCAGCGGCAUGACCGAGGUGUGCUCCUUCACCAAGGACGACAACACGGCGUCAGGCGCCGUGGGCGUGCUGACCUACGAGCUGUUCGACAUGCAGCAGCGCCGCGCCAGCGAGCUGAUGGCGGUCAUGUUCUCCGUGCCGUUCGACUACAACUUCUACAAGAACUGGCUCGGCGUGGGCAUCUUCGAGGACUCGCGCGCCUGCGACAGCAAGCUGUUCGACGAGAUGUACAAAAACAAGGAUAUGGCCAACUUUGUGCGCUACGAGGCGGACGGCUCGGGGAUCGUGUUCAAGGGGAAGAUGCUGGAUGUGAGGGCCUGCAUGAACGACGAGGGCAGGGCCAUAGUCAAACUGGAGCUGUACGACAAGAUGGGCAGAUGAGUCCCGCUGUAAUGACACCAAACGAGUUCACUGAUGUGGAAUAAACGAUCAUUCUUGUCAUGUAAUGAAAAUAAAAAACAACAUAAUUUGA